AGCGACCAAGGCCGCCGAGAAGAUCUGCAGAUGCCUGGUUACCAUCUGCAGGCAUUUCUGGAUCUGGAUUGGUUUCUUCUUAAUCUGGCAUAUCUUCUCGGUCAACCCCAGCAGAGGUCAGAUUUCUUCGAGGAACCCACCUAGGCUGCGUCAUCAGCAUAGCUCACACCUCACAAACUGGGCGCUGGGCAGGAGAUAAGAAGAUGGGGCUCAACAUGGGACCCCCAUUUAGAAUGGUUAAAUUGUUCCAGGUUUUGUUUAAGCAGCGUGUCGGUUCUCGCUGUCGCAACGUUCGGCGGUUUUUUUGGCUUGUACAUAGCGCGUCACAUCGGCAGCAGGCAAUGCCAUGGCAAUGCAGAGAGCCGAAAUGGACGCCCGGAAGGCACAGUCUAUAGAUGAUCAAGUACCAGAACAUCCAACAGAACAAGAAAACUGUCCCCAAAUUCCCAAUGACGCAGACAGUGGGAAUAACCUCAUUCAAGAUCAAGAAGAGCCCAGACAGUUGUGCGACUCUUCUCAAGCCCGGCCCGACCAGCAUGGGGUUAUUCGAAGACAUCGCUGGACCCGAGGUAUAGGAACCGCCGCGCAGACAGCCGCGCUUGUCGCUUUUGUUCUGUCUUGUGUCUCUCUCUGGUCCACGAUUACUUCUGCCUCGGACGCCAGGCUGUCAGUGCUCCUGGCCCAGUGGACAUCGUUGAAAGAUUUCCUCGAGUACUGUGAGUCUCAUGAUAUACAGGCCCCGGCAUGCACCUCGGCCCAGAAUGCAACGCUUGCUCCGCCUCCAGGUUUGAAUCCAGGCCCGAAUCCAGGCUUGAACUGGCGUCGGUCAAUAUGGGAAUCCAGGAACACCGCUAGAGGAGAAAUCAAGCCGGAAGAUAAAUCGAUGAAUCUCGUUUUCGGGGCCGCCUACCCUGUCGUUUGUCUACUCGCGCUCUUAAGGCGCGUCAACUGGAGGAACGCUGUGCGCAGGCUCCGUGCCGGCCUACAGCGGCUCGCCUUUUCGGCACACGGGGAGCACUACUACGAGAAGCGAUACAUUGCGCAGACUUCAACCGCGCUGCCAUCUCUGGUGGCCAUCAGCAGCGGUGCCGACUGCUACUGGCAGACCACAGGGGUGUCCACAAGCAUUCGUCUUCGGAAACCAGGGGGCAGACGCCGGCGAGGCGGUGGCCGGUCUGAACGAACGGUGAGGCACAGAGCGGGUAGGGGAGGCGCCGAACACCAUCGUGCUGACGACGGGCUGUACGACACGAGCAGCGACGAGCUAUUUGUCCGUCAGUCUGAGGGUAAACGCUCCAGGGCAUGGGUCCUUCGGAGGCGAGUAGCGGCGAGGCAAGGAGGGUCUGAUUCGCUCUAAGCCGGUCGGAAGACCAUGCUGAUAUCAUAGAGAGCGGAUGAGCCGAACAACAGUCUAACUACGAGUGGAGACAAUUAUCAAGAAGAGACAACAACAGAUAUCAAGCUAAUAGUCAUGGCUGGGGAGUGAAGGGUAGGGACAGGUACGUGAGGGUAGGACCUUCAAGUUGUUGGAACGGUUGGCACACUUGUGUUUCUUCAGUUCAGCUCCUAUGGCCCAUAACGGGGAAAAUAGGGGUUCUUUCGCCUUUUGCCUGUGAUCAACCCAACGAGGAAAUGGCAGGCAGAUACUCUACAGCGAGAAACAGAGGCAGCGGCAGAGACCACAAAGUAGAUUACAGGGUUAGGGUUAAGCAUGUCAACCGUCGUUUCACUGGGCUGCUCUGAUUGGCUCCUCUUAAUUGGUGCCUAGGGUCCAGACGCGUCUCCACGCGU